AUGCUUAAGUGGUCUCCCACUGGAGAUUAUUUUUUCACAGCGAAAUUUGAUGGUACAUUUUAUCUUUGGGAGACAAACACAUGGACAUCAGAACCAUGGUCCUCAACAAGCGGCUUUGUCACGGUUGUUGUUGAUAAUGCAUUAAAUGGUGGCAUUUACUUGGUUUUGGAGGGACAAGAUGGGCUUGCCAUAAUAUGUAGCCCAUUAGAGUUAGCUGAAGCUCCUAUGAUGGAAGCUUGCAUAUCAAAGAUCAAGGACCAUAUUGCCCAGUUUGAGGAUUUCUGCGCAAUGCAGAUCCCUCGGACCAAAAACUCUCAUGUUGCCUUGUUAGAAUGCUUGGCGUUGACUUUGAUGACGACGUUCCUAGGGUGA